AUGUCAGCAAUUGUGAAUUUGGCCAUAACGGAACACUAUCUGGCAAUCCUUUUCGUUAGGGCUUACUAUAACCUUCUCAACCGGGAGCUACGACAGGUGAUGGAAGAGUGCAAGAAGUUGAGUAACCUUCCCCAGCGAAGGGGUGCUUUCAUGACCAGAUGUUGCGAUCUGGCCGAUCAGUUGGACGACAUUGCUCAGCUUCAAAGUGAGCUGAUCUCAAUGGUGACCCAUUUGAGUAAGGCCCUCGGCAUUCAGGGGCUAAUGGUUUAUGGGGGAUACUACAUAUUCUCAAUAGCCACCGUUUACCUUUCGUACAGUAUCUUCAAAACUGGAUAUGAUAAUCUGGAUAUGUCCCUGGCGUCAAUGAUUAUGGCCUGCAUUUGGGGGUUCUUUUACUACAUUGAUGCCUUUCUCAAUCUAUUUAUUACUCUUAAUCUACUUGACGACCACAAAGAGAUAAAACGUCUAUUGGGGGAGCGAACCGUCUUUGCCUCUCGUUUGGACAUUCGUCUGGAGGAAUCUUUUGAGAAAAUGGAGCUGCAGUUGAUAAGAAACCCGCUAAAAAUCGACAUACUCAAGACAUAUUUCAUCACUCGCGAGACUUCAACUGCGAUGUUGGGAUCAGUCACGUGA